AUGAGCUCUCCCAAGGUUCGGCUUCGGAACGGUGAGAUCGAAGGUCGAUUAAUCGACCGAGAAAGUGUCGCUUUCCUCGGCAUUCCCUAUGCUCGGCCACCGGUCGGCAGUUUGAGGUUUAAGGUGAGGGAAGAUAAGUUAUUUUUAAAAAGUUUUGUCAUUUUUUUUGAUAAAAAGUUAAAUUAAAAAAAAUAUAUCUCAAGUUGAACAUAAAUCUAUUAUCAGCAAACGAACACUAAUAAUUAAUUACAGAAGCCAGAGCCGGCUCCCAAAUGGGACGGUGUCAAAGACUGUACCAAGUUUGGUCCCCACUGUCCCUAUAUAGCGUCCCAUACGGACAGAUUAACUGAUUCGAGUGAGGACUGCCUCUACCUCAAUGUCUAUGCCCCAUACCCGGAUGGAAAGGUAAGUAAUAACUAUUUUAUUUCAAAAAGUAAUUUUAGUUCAAAAAAGACCUGCCAGUCUUUGUCUACAUUCAUGGAGGCGGAUUUGUGAUGGACUGCUCGAACAAACUGGGGGUGGAUAACAUCGGACGGUAAGUAUAUUGAGCUCAAAGUAAAUGUAAAAGUGUGAAAGUAAAUCCUGAAAGCAUAAAAGAGUUAUGCUUUUGAUAUAAAAGAGAUACGUUUUGUUCUUUCCAACACCAAUAUCUUAAAAUUCUAUUAUUGUAGCCACCUCUGUUCGAAAGACAUUGUGGUCGUAUCUUUGAACUACCGCCUGGCCAUACUCGGUUUCCUCUGUUGGGGCAAAGAAUACAAAGGCAAUUACGGCCUAUUCGACAUGAAAAUGGCACUAGAAUGGGUGGUGCACAACAUUGGCACGUUUGGAGGUAACCCCUCCAAUGUUACAGUAGGCGGUCAAUCAGCUGGAGCUGCUGCUGUCGACCUGCUAGCCAUUUCCCCGUUGACCAGAGACCUCUUCCAGAACUGUAUCAACUUUGCCGGUUCAUCGUACUGUGCCUUCGCCCUCAGGCAACCUCAGAAUGUGAAGCAGACGGCGACUGAGUUCGCGAGGAAGAAGUUGGGAGCAGAGGAGGAGGCCAAGGAUUCAGAAGUGUUGGAGCUUCUGAAGACUGUGGAGGGCAAGAAGUUGGCCAUAGAAGGCUUGGCUAACUACGGGCCUGUGAUUGACGGAGAAUUCUUUCCAGAAGAGUUGGAGGCCCUGAGGCGAAGUGCUCCAAAGAAGACGGUACUGGUUGGAGUGACUGAACAAGAGUGUCUGACCUUUGGUGAGUAUGACAUCCAACUUAUAACUUGUAAUAUAUUGUUAUAGGCACGAUAUCGAAGCAGUUUCCAUCCCUCAGAGAGUCAGUGCCAUUUUAUGUUCGUAUCAUCUCGGAAACCUUGGAUCCAGAAGUUGCUGUCGCGAUCUACGAUAAGGUUGUAGACGAUUCUUUGCCAGAUUCAGACAAUAAUAAGUUUGAACAGUUCGUCAAGGUAUCUAACUUUUUAAAACGUGUUACUGUAAUUACAGUUCCUGUCCGAACUGUUCUUCAACUACGGUACCCACAAGAUGGUGAAGCAUCGUGUAGAUCGUGGUGAAGACGUGUAUCUCUUCCAGUUCAAAUACUUCAAAGAAGGAACCAACGGGUCUUACGGUAAAAUGCUACCGUACCAAGCGGCCUCCCACUGUAUGGAGCUACCGUAUAUGUUGGGGAAGAGUUAUGUUGAUGAUGGAGACUUCGAUCCAGAUGACACGGAUCACAAGAUGAUCGAUAUCUUCACUGGGUAUCUGUCUAACUUUGUCAAAACUGGGUAAGUGAUAAGAUUAUUAAUUGAUGAAGAUAAUAAUUAAAACAAAUAAUAGUUAUGGGCGAUUAUUGUAGUUGAAUCCGGAGGCUAAGAGUAAUUACUGUAUUUAUAGGAACCCAAAUGGACAAGAUUUGGUAAAGUGGAAUAAGGUGAACCAAGAAAACUACGCUAGUCAUCUGUGCAUCGAUCUGGAACCGGAAAUGCACGAUCACGGAUUCUACAGUAACCACGUUUCGGAGUUUGAUCAGCUUUUCAAGAAUAACUAA